AUGAGUAGUAGUGAUACGCAGCAUGCAACUAGGCCCUCAGAUUCUCCUAUAGGUGCAACCUGUCGUAUCUGUAGAGGUGAAGCUACCAGCCAUCAGCCGUUAUUUCAUCCAUGUAAAUGUAAAGGUUCGAUUAAAUAUAUCCAUGAAUCAUGCCUGUUAGAAUGGCUGGCUUCAAAAAAUAUUAGUACUUCAACUACAUCUUCUGUAAAUUGUGAUAUUUGCCACUAUCCAAUUCAAUUCAAAACAAUGUAUGAUGAUAAUAUGCCUGAUAAACUACCUUGGAUGCUUUUAUUUUGGUCAUCAAUUCUAUCAGUUUUGAAUUCUGUAAAAGUUUGGUUCACGAUAUCUUUGGCUUGUUUAUUUUUGGUUGCUGGUAUUCCAUUAGCAUGGAAUUGCAUUAGGAACCUGUAUAUUAUUUUGUUAGAUGGUCAAUUACCAAUUCCAAAUCAAUUUUUUAAAAGUUUAAUAUAUGGUUAUUAUGAAUUGAAUGACAAUUCAGGCUCAAAUUCAAUUUCAAAAACUUUUUUCAAUCAAGAUACAAAUUUAAUUGAUUUAACUUAUUUUUUUUCUAUUGGAAUUUAUAAUUGGACUCAAAUCGUAUUAGUUAUUAUUUUAUUGAUUGCUUUAUAUUUCCAAUAUGAUAUGGUUGUAAGAGAGCCAGUCUUUGCUAAAAUGAUUUAUCAUAAGAUUGGACCUCAAUAUACAAAAGAAGAAUUAUUCAAAAUCCAAUUGAAAGAACGUUUCCCAAUGAUGGAUGAUGAAUCCUUAAAUCAUAUUGCAAGGUUAAUGAGAGAAAGGGAUAAUGUACAAGCAGAACAAGAUGCCAAUAAUAAUAACAAUCAUGAUAAUCUUGAACAAGAACAUCAUGAAGAAGAAUUUGAAAAUGGUCCUCAACAGCAUAAUCAUCGUAAUGAUAUUGAAGAUCUUGAUGAACCAAUGGUUCAAGAUGUUAGAGAAAAUCAUAUUCCAAAUGAAUUUGAUGAAACAGAUCUAGAAGACCACGAUUAUGAUCAUCAGGAUGCCGAACUUGAUGGAACUUCUUCUUCAGCUAACGAUAGUUGGGAUGGGACAGAGCACAACAUUGCAAAUGAGCUAUUAUCUGACCAUGAAGAUGAUGCUCAUUUUGAGAUGGAACAAAGACAAAUGGAAAUUGAAAUAAAUAGAGAAAAUAGAAAUGCACAAAGACAAUUUGAUGACUUAUUAGAUAGACAUGUUUUGGAAAAUCAAAACCAAAAUCAAAAUAAUAAUGGUAUGCCACUUGUCAUCAAUGCAGAUGUCCCACAACCACCACGUAAUCGUCCUGUAAUCCCAGAAUUUAUUCCUCCACCAGAAUUAGCUCAACCACAACCUCAGCGUCCAGCACCACAAAAUGAUCAAAUCAAUGCUGAUCAGCAAGUAUUACCACCAAUUGUUGUCAAUUUAAGAUUAAAGUUCUCCAACAUACUUACUUAUUACUUGAUUGCUUGUUUGAGUAUUUCCUUAUUCCUCUUCAUUACCUUUUUUAUUCCUUCCGUUAUUGGGUUGAUUUUAAUUCAAUUUUAUUUGUUUGUUAUUAAUAUGUUAAAAAAUUCAAUAGAAUUUUUAUUACAGUUCUCUACUUCUAAAAAUUUAAUUUAUUCAAAUAAAUUAUUCAUUAACUUUAGGAAGAAUUUAUACCCACAUAUAUCACCAAUAUUCUUCGAAAUUAAUGAAUUUAAAAACAAUUUAUUCAGUAAUAAAUUAUUUUUAAGAUCCUUACCAGUCAUUGUGGCUUAUUCAACAAUCAUUUUUAUGAUUUAUAUUUCUUCUAAUUUCAUUUCGAAAGGUUUUAAUCGUGAUAAUGGUAUGAAAAAUGCACGAAAAAGAUUAAUCUUUCAAAUUUUAUUUGGUAUCCAAUGUACUUUAAAAGUUUUUGUUCUAUUUUUCAUUGAAUUAUUAGGUUUCCCAAUUUUGGCUGGUUUACUAUUAGACUUGUCAUUGUUUACACCACUUUUUGUAAACUCUUUCUCCUAUAAGACUCUAUGGGGUUCACAAUUUUUAAUUUAUUGGAAACCAUUAGUUGGCUUUAUUUAUUGGGGACUAGGUACGAUGUAUAUGCAUUGGUUUGCAAAAUUCAUUGGGAUGAUUAGACAAUAUAUUAUAAGGCCAGGGGUUCUAUUCUUCAUUAGAUCACCAGAAGAUCCAAAUAUUAAAAUAUUGCAAGAUAGUUUAAUUCAUCCAUUAAAGAUUCAAAUUUCAAGAUUAGCUUUAUCUUUUUUUAUUUAUGCUAUUUUCAUUUUAGUUGGCUUUGGUUCAUUUACUAUAGUUUUAUUCCCAAUUGUGCUCAAUUUGAAAUUUUUUGAAAUUACAAAAUUAAUUAGUUCAAAUUUCUUAGAAAUUUGGUUAUUAACUACGUUUGCAUUUUCUGCUAAUCAAUUUAUUGAUUCAAAAGAAUCCAUCAAACAUUUCAUUAGAUUAUAUUGGAAUUAUAUUUUUGAAAUUUCCUCCAAGAAACUAAGAUUAUCAUCAUUUUUAUUGGGAAAAGAUUUCCAAACUGAGAGAGGCCAUAUCAUUUAUCGUAAUCUGUUCUAUAAAUUCUUAAAUCAAUCGAGCGCUGAAUUAUCAAAUCAAAAUUUAUUUACUGAUCCUAAGAUUCCAGCGGAAGCCAAAGAGUUGUUUAGAAUUAACCCUAAUGUUCAUGCUUAUUUCGUACCAGAUGGUCAAUUAAUUCGUGUACCAUCCUCAGAUAUAGUUUCAAGAAAUUAUGUUCAAACUAUGUUUGUUCCAGUCACUAAGGAUGAUAAACUAUUAAAACCAUUGGAUUUAGAUAGGAUUAAAAUGAAAAACGAAAAAAAUUCAGGUACUUUUGGUUAUUUAGAGGACCAAACUACGGAAUUUGAUGGAUACUCAAUCGUUUAUUCCCCACCUAGUUUCCGUUCAAGAUAUAUAACGUUGAUAGUUUUGAUUUGGUUUUUUGCAGCUGUGUUAACAAUUUCAUCUGCUUUACUUUCUCAGAUUACUUCCACAAUAAUCUUAUUUGCAUUAUAUUUACCAACCAAACUAAUCUUUGGUGCUACUCAGUUAACAAAUCUUUUGAAAUUUUUGAUAGAUGAUAGUUUAAAUCAUAUCAGUUUAGCUUUAAUUUGCACUGGUGGGAUUAUAUUAGCACAAACAUGUGAUGGUGUUUAUAAAAGAUAUAAAGAAAUUGAAAGACAAAAUGAGCAUGUUCAUAAUGAACAUGAAAAUGAAAACAUGGAGAAUGCAAUUAAUCAUAAUCAUAAUGCUAAUAUAAAUGAUAAUAAUCGUAAUGAAAAUGAAAUUGCGGACACAUUCAAUGAACCACAGCAUAAGAGAUUUAAUUUCUUUGAAUUUGUGAAUGUCUCAAUUGAAGAAACUAAAGAAUUGUUUUUCAAUAUUAUUGAAAGUGGCAUCUUCAAAUGGCAUCUAUUUUUAGUAUUUUUAAUCUUAACACAUGCUAUUGGUAUUUCUACAAAUUUUUUUAAUCUAUUACAAGGUACUGUCUUUGGAUUAGGCUAUAUUUCAAAAAGAUUUUAUACAGAAUUUAGGGAGCCAUUAUUUAGAAAUUGGUUAAAUUUCUCGAUUUUUUCCAAACAAUCGAUGAACACUAUUAUUGUAUUACCUCUAACUUUAAGAGCUUUCCAAACUUCGCUUACUUUCGCCCAUCUGUAUAGAAUUAACAGAAAUAUGCCAACCAAACGUUUAAUAGUUAAAUUCUGGAAUUACCUUUAUGAGACAACUUUGACAACUACCAUUGAAACAGCUAUACCAAUUAUCUUUUGCUGGGUAAAUUUUGUACUUUUCGAAUUCUAUACAAAUAAUGAUCAGUAUGACAAUAUCCCACAAGUUUUACUUUUCUUCUGGGAUUCAAGAUUGUCCCAGGAUUCGAACAACAUACCAUGGACUAUUUUUCAACACUUGACUUACAUUUCAACCAUUUUAAUAUUAUUAAGAUAUAUUUUUAUUAAUAUUUAUGCAUUCAUUAGCAAUUGGUUCGGAACUGCUGUCCAAAGUGUUAAAGAUGAGAUUUACGCUAAGGGCAAGGCUUUAGAGAAUUUCCCUGAUAAUGAAAAUGAAAAUGACAGUCAAAAUGAAAAUGAAAUUAAAGUUAUUCCUGAAACUACCGAUUAA